GAAUAAACAACUGCCAGCCACUCAUAAAGAGCCAGGGGACCGCCCCCUCCCCAGGCCCCCCAUGAGUCUCCUUUGUUUUCGAUCCCGAUCCCCUUGACAUAACCAGCCUUUGGGCUGCUCGUUUGGUUUUCUUUGUGUUUCUCUCUUCCUGUGCUUUAAAUUCCUCCUCUUAUGUUUUAAAGUCACCAAUAGAGAGUGAGCCCUGGAAACUCUAGACCCCUCCCUUGACUCCGAUUGCUCUCUGUCUCUCUCUGGCCCCAGGACUUGUAAGUAAUAAGCUUUUUUCUCCCAUGUUUCCUGAUGGUUACUGCUGAAGGGCGUCUUGCAAUCAUAAGAACCAUGAGGGCUGGUCCAGGGAGGGGAGAUGUCUGUGGAAAGCUCAGCAGGGUCCAGGUGAGUACCCCCAGGCAUUGCUAGCCGAUAGCCUUACCCUCGGUAGGUGGAGACGGCACAAAAGGACAACAGACUUCAGAGAGGAGGCGUGGGACUGCCCAGGUGUGGGCUCUGGGGGGAGGACUCCCUCUGGGCCUGGAGUGUGGAGUCUGAAUGAGGGCCUUGUGGGGGCCCUGGCUGGGGAGAGUGAGGUUCUGCAGCAGGCUUGGGGCUGGGCUGCGGGAAAGGGUAGAUGGCUCCCAGUCCCCAGGGCUCAUCUACACCCCUGAAGGAGGCGGGUCAGUAGGGACAGGACCAGACCUGAUCGCCUGGGACAGGAAGCCCCUCUUAGACCACAGCCCUUCCUCCAACCCUGCCCUAGUGUAAUUUGACACUCAAGUCAUUUGUUCUGUCCUCCUGGUACCCAGCCAAUUCCCGAUUUCCCCAAAGCCAGGAAAAGGAAACUUCAGAGAAACCGAAACUACUGGGGAAAGACAGGGCCCACUGAGCACCAUCCAGCCUUCCGGACCACAGCUCGCCCCAUCCCGGCACCAUGAACCGCAGUUUCCAGACCUUUGUCAGUGGCGCCCACACUGGUGUCCCCCCGACCUAUGAGAUGCUCAAGGAGGAGCAUGAGGUGUCCGUGCUGGGGGCACUCCGGAGCUCAGCUCCCGUGACGACCACCGUGAUCAACAUCCACAGUGACACCUCCGUGCCCGACCACAUCGUCUGGUCCCUGUUCAACACGCUUUUCACAUACUGGUGCUGCUGCCUGGGCUUCGUGGCCUUCGCCUACUCCGUGAAGUCUAGGGACCGGAAGAUGGAGGGCGACGUGACUGGGGCCCAGAGCUAUGCGUCCACUGCCAAGUGCCUGAACAUCGCUGCCCUGGUCAUGGGCCUCCUCGUGAUCAUUACAUUCUUCAUUAUUUCUUGCCUCUGGCUGACUGAUCUUUUUCCACACAUUUUAGCGAUCAUAAUGAGUUCCAGAGACUACUAGCAGCCGUGCGUGGCCUGUGGCUACCCCAGCCUUCACAGCACUUUAUACACACAUCUGUCUACACUUGAAUUCAAUAAAACGCUGGUUUGAGGA